AAAGAAACAGCGUUUCUUGCUCCCCUGGGAUCUCGACAAGAAAAUGGUGAAACAACCUUCUACCCGCAACCGCGAAAUCGGCCUCGCUGCCUCAGAUAUGGAACUCGACGCCGCUCUCCUCCUAAUGGAGCUAUGUCGAGGCGUCCAUCACAAUGGUAGCGCCGCCAGUAGUGGCGGCGUCAAGCGGAAAGAAGAAGAACGGGAUGAUAUUGAUCACAGCAGCAAAGCCGAGACGCCGACCACAACGUUAGUGAAAGGCAUCUUCGAAAACGUCGAAGACGACGACGACGAAGACGAGAAUGAUUUCCAUCUUCGACCAAGAAAGAGGCGAUUCAGGUCGAUUGUGGAUAUUUACAGGUCAACGAAGUUUCUAGACAAAUACAAUGCUGAGAAGGAACGCAAGGUGGUUGGUUACUAUGAAGUACAGUUGAUUUAAAUUUCAAAUUUUAAUUCGCUCAUCUCCCUCUUUGUAUCGUUCCUUCUCUGGCAAAAAGAUGUAAAUAAACUUCAGAAUUUGAA